UUGUGUGUAUUCCAGUUUGUUGCGCCGGCGCCGGGUGCCGUGAUAUCGACAUGUCCAGGAUUAUUUGUUUGUUCUGUGCUGUGAUUUAUUUGGAUUUAUUAUAUUGUGUAAAUUCAAGCGUCCUGGACAAUGUUUUAGAUUCGCAAGUGUGCUUCAAAAAUGGCUUCUUGUUCGGCGUAUCCACGGCUUCCUAUCAAAUUGAAGGAGCAUGGAAUGUCUCAGGUAAAGGCGAGAGCAUAUGGGACAGAUACACCCAUGAGCACCCAGAGAGGGUGUUUGACCAUCAGAACGCAGACACCGCUGACGCCUCUUACUAUAAAGUGAAGGAAGAUGUCAGGCUCAUGAAGGAGAUGGGCAUCAGCUUGUAUAGGUUCUCUGUAUCAUGGCCGAGGAUACUACCUAAUGGGAUGAGCAACGAAAUAAACGAGGAUGGGCUGAGGUACUACCAUGAACUCCUAGACGAGUUGAAACUCAACGGCAUCACUCCGGUCGUCACGAUGUAUCACUGGGACUUACCACAGAGUCUGCAAGACCUCGGCGGGUGGACCAACCCAAUUAUGGCUGACUAUUUCGUUGAUUAUGCGCGAGUGCUGCUGGAAAAUUUUGGACAAAAAGUGAAGAUUUGGCUGACGUUCAACGAACCGCUAUCAUUCUGCCACGACGGAUAUGGAGGUGACGAUGCUCCGGGAGGAAGAUCAAGUGGAUUCGAGGACUACUUGUGUGGUCACACUGUGCUAAGGGCACAUGCUUUGGUGUACCGCUUGUUUGACAACGAAUUUAGAAGAAAAAAUGGAGGUGUUAUGGGCAUCACGCUGUGUUUUUCGUGGAUGGAAGCAGCCACAACAUCUCCUGAAGAUCAGGCAGCUGCGGAAACUGCAAGGCAAUUCAACUUAGGUUGGUUUGCACACCCCAUCUUUUCGGAGCCUGGUGAUUAUCCUCCUAUCAUGAGAAAACUUGUGGAUGCGAACUCCAAACGGCAAGGUUUUCCUCGCUCAAGACUCCCUUACUUCACUCCUCAAGAAGUAAAGAUGCUGAAAGGAUCCUAUGACUUCCUAGGCCUGAACCACUAUACUACGUAUUUGAUAAAGCAGGGGUCUAGAAAGCUUAAGGCAACGCCAUCGUUUUUGGAUGAUAUGAAUGUCAAAGUAUAUCAGAGGGAUGAUUGGCCUAAGACGAAUUCAACAUGGUUGAAGGUAGUGCCUUGGGGCUUCAGAAAAUCCCUGAACUGGGUGAGGCUAAACUACAACAACCCUAAGACCUUAAUAACUGAGAAUGGCGUGGCCUUCGAGGCUGGUCUUCGCGACAUAAGGCGUAUCAACUAUAUCGACGCGUACUUGCGUUCUCUUCAUGACGCCAUAUUCAAAGAUGGCUGUUUUGUGGUCGGAUACAUUUACUGGAGUUUGCUGGACAACUUUGAAUGGAUGAGAGGAUUCUCUGAACGCUUCGGUUUAUACGAAGUGGACUACAAGUCGCCGAACUUGACUAGAACACCGCGUCUAUCUGCCAAGUACUUCACUAACGUCGCCAAGACUGGCUGUCUGCCGAACAACUAUGCUGACUAUACUUAUAACUCUGAUUAGUAAAUGUACUAUCAUUUUGAAUAGUUUUAAGCUCCUCAUCACCAUCAGUUAAGCCAUAUGGCGUCCACUGCUGGGGCAAAAUUCUGCUAAUUAGUCAUAAAUACUCAUAUUAUUAUUUAACAUGAAUAUACUAAAGAUAGAAGUGCCAUAAAGAGAUGUAAGGAAACAAAUAUAAGACUUGGAAAAGUGUCAUA